AUGUCGAAAUCGGCACGGCUUUCAGAAGCUGAAGAAUGCGUCCGGAAAGCCGAAGAAUGGUUUUAUUCUCCAUUUAAUUCAUAUUUAAAUAUGAGGCUGUUUUUUCAGCAUGAAAGUUUCGAUGAUAAAAUUGAAGUUCAAACCUGACUAUGACGGUGCGGCUUCAGCGUUGGAAAGAGCGUCCGUUUGCUACAGGUUCUUUUCUUCAUUUCUAGUUGGACUAUUACCCUGAACUUUGUUUGAGAAAUGCCGGUGAGCACGGAAAAGCCGCUGCAAUUUUACAACAAGCCGCUGACCAUUACGAGAACAAUCGCAAUUUCUUCCAUGCCGCGAAGUAUGUAAAACUAACUGUAUUUUCGUAUAACAUUCUCAGAGCGCGCGAAGGAAGUGCUAUGUUGCUGCGAGAGGCCGGAAAAACCGACGAGGCUUUCCCACUGUUUGACAGAGCAAUUGAUGGAUAUGCAGAAGCAGGAUCUCUCGACACGGCAGCCAUGACCGUCGAGAAAGCUGCCGACAUCAUCAAGCAACAGAACCCCGAAAAGGCCAUUCAGGUUUCUUUCCAUCGUUUAUUUUUAAAUUAAAAAGUCAGUGCCACGUCUCCUUUCUCAAUUUUUUUGCAACCUUCUGUGAAAUUUUCAUCCAGUAGAUAAUUGUUAAUUGUGAAGCGAGAUUGUACUUUUUCUCGGUUAAUAACCUUUUUGCUGAAACUAGACUAAUAGCGGGCUGAUACUUUAUCAUUCAAAUUUUCAUGUUUCAAAAAAAUAAUUUCAACAAGAUCCCACCACUAGUUGGGUGAUGAUUUCAUUAUAAAAGUUUGAAGCGAAAAAAAAACCGAUCAGAAACAUAUUUUGUUGAACCAAGUAUAUUAAGUUUCUUAAACUACUGUGAAACAAAGAAAAACCGAAUCUGAGUAGUCAAAUAAGAUUUUUGCAAAGGACUUUUUUUUCUUUGAUUCAUCUUUUCAUGAAUUCAAUUUUCAACGAAAGAUCUCACUCAAUGACAUAAUCUCUAAUUUCAAGAUCUAUACAAAAGGCCUGGCGCUGGUGCAGCAGUCGGAUCGGUCGAAAAUGGCUGGAGAAUUUCUCAAGCAAUUGACCAGACUCCACCUUCGGCUCAACAAUUACGCUGCGGCUCGUGCUUCAAUUCGUGACGAAAUCGAAAAGUACAUCGAAGUUAGAGUGGGUAGAAUUUUUUUUUCCUUUAUAUAUUAUUCCCGCUAACUGCUUCUCUCAGAUUUUUACUACAACCAGUUUUUGUAGAGAAAGGAUUUUUUCAAAGACCUUUUCAUAGGAAACUCCUCGGAUUGGCCAACUCGCGAUUGCUCUUGUCCUUGUCAACCUUGCUCAGGAGGACGUCGUCUCAGCGACUAAGGAGUACGGUUGGGUUGUCAAGUAUGUUUUUUUUCGUUUUGUAGCCAUUUAAGAGUUUCAGGAAAAUGGCGGAAAACCAUUUUCCACUUUAUUGCAUACGGCCUCAGGCUCUAAGCAGACCUACAGGCAUCCGUUCGGUUUUUGACUGGACCAUCUCCGCUGGCCGUAUUAGACCAUUUCUGACUACAUUUUCUAUUUAAUGAAAAGAAGACGGCUAUUUUCGACAUUAAUUACACAUAGUACGAUUUUUUUUUACUUACCAAAGACGGAUUUCUCCAUUUGGGCCAUUUUUAAAGACUUGCUGGCGGUUACAGAAACUUAGCUUCUAAAACUUAGUUUUUAUCUUUAAAUCUUCAGAUUUUUUUUCCAAAUUUGUCUAUUUUUCGUACAAAAAACUCGUUAUUAACAAAUAUAUCGCCCGAAAAACCGCGAUCGGUUUGUGGGCAAUUAAACCUACAGUGUGCCGAACCGGACGGGCUGAACAGAUGUGCAAUAUUGGAAUUCGAAAUUUUUUUCAAAAUGAUGCUCGAAAAUAGAAGCUUACACAUUUAAAAUAUGGAAUUCAAAAGUCUCAUCAUUCCUGAAGAACUUUUUAUUUCCCUGGAAACUUUUGAAAUUCAAUAUUUUAUCGAUUACUCAUUUUUUUUUUUUCAGUGGCUGCCCAAGUUUUCGCGACACCGAUGAUGCCCGAGUCUGCGAGUCGCUGAUUGGAUAUUACGAAUCGGGAGAUGAUCAACAGUUCCAGAACGUUUUAAAAUGCGGCGCUCUUCGCAGUAUGGAUAAUGAGGUGAUUUAUUUUUUCUUCAAAUCUAUGCCAGCACGAAAGUUUUUAGAGUGUUAGAGAAUGCACUAUUUUCCAUGAUUUUCAGUAUUUGCGGCUCAUGAAAGAUCUGCACACGAGCGCAAGCGCGGCCGGCGAAGAAGAAGAGGAAGAUUUGAGAUGA